CGCCAUUCCUGUAAUGGCUGCUUCCUGUGAGGCGUUGACACGUGGAACCUCUUAGCUUCAGCAUUCUGAGCCCCAGAAAAGGAGUAUUUCAAGUAAGAUACAAAUUAUACAUACAUCGUUUCUUUGAAACCUUCAGCGCUCAAGAUCCAGCUAUCCCAAGGUCCCAACAUCAUGACAGUUUCAGCACAGCUGUUCUUAGUCCUCAUUUCACUGCUUUUGGUGCUGCCUGUUGUUGACGCAGUAGAAGCAGGAGAUGCAAUUGCUUUCUUUUUAGGUGUGGUUCUCUGCAUUACAGGCAUUUGUGCUUGUUUGGGGGUAUAUGCACGAAAGAGAAAUGGAGAAAUAUGACUUUGGAGGGCCUCCUGAAUUAAACCUUGCCCUGAAAAUAUUUGAGCUUGAGGUUAAAAACUGAGCUUUGGUGUUUGAAAGUUCCUAACAAACAAUGAAUAGGGUAAUUUUACAUUCUUAUUUUCCCUAUAAAUGGGAAUAAAUUGAUAUAUGUUAAAUGGAAAAAAAAGUUAUUUUCACAACAAAUAAUGCACUGAAAAAUGCAGCCUAUAAUUUGUAUUUGUUAGUUAAAAAGAGGGUCAAGUAAGUCAGAUGGAUGAAAUUUACAUAAGUAUUAUUUAAUAAUCUCAGAAUUCUCAAAGCAGUGAAAUUAGAAGGAAACUUGCCCAGGAUUCUAGGAAGUUGCCACUAUUACAUUGUAAUCACUGCCUCCUGCAUUGUUGAGGAGUCUUCUCUCUAUAUUUUUAUUAGAUUUUUGUUUUGUUAUCUCCCAAAUUAAUACUGUACCUAGAUUUUGAAUAUAGAAUAUAGCCAGUCAAAACAUAAAACUUUUAUUUCUUAGGAAGUAAAAGGUUUUGAAAAUGUAUUCAAUGUAUCUAACAUUGAAAUGCAGAAAAAAAUAAUGUAAAAAAAAUACUCUAUUGAUGUUGAAAUAGAGAAGAGAUUUAAUGUUAAAAGCUUUGUAUUAAUUGAGUAACUCCCCCAUGGUGAGAAAUACUAUAUCAAAUAUAAACCCAUUAUGUUGCAAGUUAAUGUAUGGUGUCUAUUU